GCCGUUUGUAUGGUGAUGCAACCUGCCCUUUCAGUCCAUUCAUUUCCAGGCCUCGUGUGGUUAUCGUUCGCCCCAGGUGACUAGCUUUUAUGCUUGAUUGUUCUGCAGCAGGCUGCGCUAGUGUGCGUCCUACCGUCAUUCGCAAAUGCCACCUGCUCUAUUCAGAGAAGCGAGCAGAGGAGGGAGGAAAGGGGCCGAGCGUAUACAGACACAGGUAAAGCAUAAGCAGGAUAUCGCGGGAUAUUGAGCAGUAUACGAGGGGAUGAGCUAGCUUUAGAAGGGGAGAAGUAGCAGAAGAAGAGGGAUAUAAAAGAGAGCUCAAUUGCUCCCCUCCAUCCAUCCAUCCAUCUAUCCAUCCAUCCUCAUCAUCCUCAUCAUCCUCAUCAUCAUCUCCUCUCCCCCACAUACAUACCUACACAUACCACAUAUAAUGAAGAACCAACUCGCUCUCCUCGCUCUGGCCAGCCAGGUCGCUGCCCUCCCCUCGCUCGCCGGCCGCGCUGGCGAAAUUGUCGGCGGAGAGUCCGUCAAGAUCGAGGACUACCCCUACCAGGUCGACCUGCGCGUCAAGGACAAGGCCAACUGCGGUGGUACCAUCAUCAGCGAGCGCUACGUCUUGACGGCAGGCCACUGUGCCCUCAAGUACAAGGUCGAAGACCUCAACAUCCGCGUCGGCAGCACCACCAACGGCAAGGGUACCUCGUACCAGGUCAAGAACAAGUACGUUCACCCCAAGUACGGCCACAACGGCUAUGCCUACGACGCGGCCAUCCUCGAGUUCGACCCCCCCAUCCAGUUCACCGACACCGUCAAGACUAUUGGUCUGGCCGAUGCCGAGCCUGCUACGGGCACCGACACCGUUGUCUCGGGCUGGGGCUCGACCAGUGGCGGCCGUCCCGUCUACCCUACGGAUCUUCAUGCCGUUCAUGUCCCCAUCCUUGACCACGACGAGUGCAGCAACGACUACGGCGGCACCAUCACUGCGGAUAUGAUCUGCGCCGGCUACGCCGAGGGUGGAAAGGACUCUUGCUCGGGCGACAGCGGCGGUCCCCUCGUUGCCGACGGUAAGCUUGUUGGUGUCGUCUCCUUUGGCCGGGGCUGCGCUGAGCCCGGUUACCCUGGUGUUUACGCCAGCGUGGCCAGCACCGAGAUCCGCGACUUCAUCAAGCAGACCACCGGUCUUUAAAUGCACCAGCGAAGGGAAAUAACGUAAAAUACUUACCCAAAGUGGCGUCCAGCAAGCGUGUGGAAUCAAAUUGUCUUUGAUAUAUAUACUUACAACUCUACAUAUACCUAUGCAUACAUAGCACUGUUCAUAGUAUAAAAAUGUACAUAUGCUGCUAAAUUACAGACCUAUUGUCAGGGUGCGGUUUUGGAAGGUUUAGGAAGGUGCGGUCCGAAACGGCAAAACAGUCUAUUCUGCUAUUCUAGUUCCUGUACAUAGGCUAGAUUAGACUGCGCGCCGAUAAGUCGCUGCCUAGGUAUCAGACAAUAAAGUAGAGAAUGGACGCAAUCGAUUGGGAGUUG